AUGCUUGCUCAUUCACUCACGAAGCCGGGAUUCUGCAGUUGGAGUUUACGACCGCAUACUGAGGACGUGGAUGGCUUUCCAACCGGAAUCAGCACACGUUCUCACUUUGUGCCCACCGAUUUCAGGUCCCGCGUCGAACUCUGGAGUUUGCUCAAUCAGCCCAUGGCUACCAGCGAUAAUUUUGCGAAAAUGUUUCAGGAGUUCUCGACCAGGGGUACAGCUCGGCCACGAUUCAUUAUUGACAGACAACCAUUUCGCAUGCCACCUACUUUGCACAAUCAUGGAAGUAUGGGCGGAGUUCCAGUCGAAGCGACAAGCAGAAUAGAAUUUAUCUUGGAUCAGGAGGGGGAUGGCACAAGAGUUUGA